GAAACUAAAACUUAAGUAGAGUUUUAGGGUUCGAAAAAACUCCCAAAGCCCCUUUAACUUGAUCUUUCUCAUCAUCAUCAGAGAGGGAAGAAAGAGUCGCUUCCACAAACCCUAAAGGAUGUCGGGCGGAUUCUUCCGGGGUACUACCGCGGACCAGGACACUCGCUUCUCCAACAAGCAAGCCAAGCUGAUGAAGAGCCAGAAAUUCGCCUCGGAGCUGGAGACUCUGGUUGAUGUGAGCAAGGUGAAGAUGGAUGUUAUGAAGCCUUGGAUUGCGACUAGAGUCACUGAGAUUCUUGGUUUCGAGGAUGAAGUCCUCAUCAACUUUAUUUACGGUCUUCUUGAUAAGAAGGUCGUCAACGGUAAGGAGAUUCAGAUAGCUAUCACUGGCUUCAUGGAGAAGAACACUGUCAAGUUCAUGAAAGAGCUCUGGACGCUUCUCCUCAGCGCCCAGAGUAAUUCUAGUGGUAUUCCGCAGCAGUUUCUUGAUGCUAGAGUCGCUGAAACCAAUAGGUUACAGGACGAAGCAAGAAAAAAAGCAGAUGAGAACAAUCAGUUAGUAAAUGAAAUUGGGAAGAGGAAGUGCUACGAGGAUGACAUACAGGGGAAAAUUGACAGCGGCGUUGAACCCAAGGUGUCAAAUGCCAUGGACGCAAAACCUUCAAGAGAUCGUCCAGAGGAUGACAGAAAGGCUGAUGAGAAGGUUGGAGUCAACGAAAGGAGAAGAGUUUCACGUUCGAGGUCGAUCAGCAGAACAAAUUCAGGAUCAAGAAGUUAUUCUGGUGGACGGAAAUCAAGGAGCUUGUCCCGAUCAUCAGAUGCCUCCAUCUCACCUAGAAAGCGGAGACCAUCUUAUUCAAGGCGUCGAUCCAGGUCACGUUCUUUGAGUAGGUCUCUGUCUCCUCGGCGGCGUAGUAUACCUUCUCCUUAUGGAAGCAGGUCGCGGUCACCUAUUAGACGUCGCAGGUCACCAUCACCACAAAGGCGCCGCCGUGUAUCUACACCUGAGAGACGCCGCCAAUCAUCACCCCCUUCAAGGCGUCGCAGGUCACCAUCCCCACCUGUUAGGAGACGAAGGUCACCAUCCCCUCCUGCUAAGAGACGCAGGUCACCAUCCCCUCCUGCUAAGAGACGCAGGUCACCAUCCCCUCUUUCUAGGAAACGCAGAUCACCACCCCCUCCUGUUAGGAGACGCAGGUCACCAUCACCGCCUGCUAGGCGUCAGCGGUCCCCAUUACCAUUUAGGCGGCGUAGGUCUCCUUCACCUGUAGCUAGACAGCGCAGGUCUCCAUCUCCACUCUACAGGCGUAACAGAUCACGGUCACGAUCACCACUGGCUAAGCGGGAAAGGUCUGAUUCACCAGGGAGAUCUCCGUCACUAGUGGGUAGCCGCAGGGCACCCGCUGGUCAAAGGUUGCCCUCUCCACCCGCUAGGCCAAGAUUGCCUUCACCACCCGCUGGGCAAAGGUUGCCUUCACCACCUCCUAGGCGUGCAGGAUCACCAUCACCAAUGAGGCUAGGAGGACCUCAGUCAGCCAAUCAUCCUAAAUCACCAUCACCAAGUUCACUGUCCCCUCCUGGUAGGAAAAAUGGGUUACCAUCUCCACCUGUUAGAAGGCGCAGGUCUCUGACACCUGCCAAAGAGCGAGGCUCCCUGUCUCCAGCUAGACGUCCUGUGGGAAAAUCCCCUUCACAUGACAAGCAGGGUGAAUCUAUGUCACCUGUCAGAGGUCGAGGUAGAUCUCCUCCCUCUCGACAUCAAAAGGCGCGCUCUCCUGUUCGCCGUAGAUCACCAAAACCUGUCAACAGGCGAAGUCGAAGAUCUCCAUCUGGUUCACGAUCACCUGAUGACAGCCGAAGGAGACGGUCUCCAUCUUGGAGCAGAUCUUCGUCUAGGUCUCCCUCACCUCCUGUUCGCCGUAGAUCUCCUUCACCUAGUGGAAGAAAACACCCGAGGGACAGAAGAUCUCUGGGACAUCCAUCUGAAGUGCGAGAUAGAGAGGAUAGGGAUCAAAAGUCCAAGCUGUCUAGAAAACAAUUACCAGAGAUGGUACAAGAAGUUGGACGUGUUGAACAUGCGAAGGAGCAAGAGAGAAAGAGUGAAAAGUUGCCAGAGAGACGUUCUAGUCACAGAAUGCACCACGGUUCACAGAUGUCCCCAGUUUCAGAUAAGGACUUCGGUAGAGUAGAAAAUGUGGAAGGAAAGAGACAGCCUCCUUCGCAAGUUGAGAAAGAGGAUAACAGCGACCUGGAUGCAAAACUUAAUUCUGAUUCUAAGGAUAAAAAGAGAAGAAAGACAAAAAGGUCUGAGAGGGACGAAGCAGCCUCAGAUAGUAACGGCAGCUCUGACUCUGACCUAGAGGAUAGGAAGGAAGCUAAAAGGAGAAGGAAGGAGGAAAAGAAAACGAAAAAGGAGGAGAAGAAACGCAGGCGAGAGGAGAGACGUCGUAAAAGAGAAGAACGUCGGGAUGAGAAGCUGAAACUUAAGAAUCGAGGAUAUUCUGAUUCUUCAGAAGGCGAAGCUGGGAAGAGUAAAAAUGGGGAGGAGUCGGAUCCAAAGAGGCUUGAGAUUGAGUUACGAAACAAAGCACUCGAGUCACUGAAAGCAAAGAAGGGCAUCAGCCACUAAAUCCUUAUCCAGCGUUAUGUGAACAUCUUUUUCCUGAAGAUACAAUGCUUAUUAUCUUUUUCUAUGUUUCAUGUGGUACUACGUCUUACUUGUUACAAACUUUCUUAUGUCUGUUUGUUGGUGGCAGCAACUUGAUGGCUGAUAUUACUAUGCUGCUAUUCUUGAGUACAGACUUUUUGCAGACAUUAUCAGCUCUGAUCUUCCGGUAAAAGUCUCUUGCAUAGAGUUAUAUUUUA